GUCAAACAAUGUUAUUAAUAUUCUGCACGGCUCUGAGUCAUUCAUCGACUGCUAAAAUUAAGACUUUGGAUUGAGUCUACCAUCUACAGUUUGCCAUGGCGACGGUGGUCAUGGAGCAGAUUGGACGCCUGUUUAUCAACGCGCAACAGCUGCGUCAGAUCCCUCAGCUGCUGGAGUCGGCCUUCCCCACUCUGCCUUGCACUGUGAAGGUGUCUGAUGUUCCCUGGGUGUUCCAAGAGCGUCACAUCCUCAGCGGCUACAGACAGCCGGACCAAAGCUGGCGUUACUACUUCCUCACACUCUUCCAAAGGCACAACGAGACCCUUAACGUGUGGACCCAUCUGCUGGCUGCCUUUAUCAUCUUGGUGAAGUGGCAGGAGAUCUCACAGACGGCAGAUUUUUUGCGAGACCCUCACGCUCAGCCUCUUUUCAUUGUCCUCCUGGCAGCUUUCACCUACCUCUCCUUCAGCGCCCUCGCUCAUCUUCUCUCUGCCAAGUCUGAGCUCUCCCACUACAGCUUCUACUUCCUCGACUACGUGGGGGUUGCUGUCUAUCAGUAUGGCAGUGCCCUGGCACACUACUAUUAUGCCAUAGAGGAAGAGUGGCACAGUAUAGUGCGAGGGCUCUUUUUACCUGCUGCAGCAUUCCUGGCCUGGCUUACUUGCUUCGGCUGCUGCUAUGGCAAAUAUGCUAGUCCUGAGCUGCCCAAGUUUGCCCACAAGCUUUUCCAAGUGGUGCCCUCAGCUUUGGCUUACUGUUUAGACAUAAGCCCUGUGGUCCACCGCAUCUACAGCUGCUACCGGGACGGCUGCUCUGACCCAGUCGUCCCAUACCAUUUCUACCACGUGCUCUUUUUCCUAAUCGGCGCCUAUUUCUUCUCCUGCCCUCACCCAGAGAGUUUGUUCCCUGGGAAAUGUGACUUCAUUGGGCAGGGCCACCAGAUCUUUCAUGUGUUCGUGGUGGUGUGCACCCUGACGCAGAUCGAAGCGCUCCGAACAGACUUCACAGAGCGGCGACCUUUCUAUGAGCGUCUCCACGGCGAUCUUGCACACGAUGCCGUUGCACUCUUCAUCUUCACUGCCUGCUGCAGUGCACUCACCGCUUUUUACGUGCGCAAGUGUGUGCGUGCUUCUCUCCACGAGAAGGAAGAGUAAAAAACAAAAUUUAAAUGAGUGAAAAUGUUUAAUUUAUUUUACU